GGGUACUUUGCAUGCAUGCCGAGAUUAUGGCGUUGGUCACCAGCACUCACUACAUCGACCUUCAGCGAGUGUAAGGGCCUGGGGAUAUAAAUAUCUGGAUUUCCAAACCCACAAUCAUGAGUCGAUUAUAUCUCAAUCAGUAAUUGUUACUUACAGGGAAAAUGGUUGUCCAAGCGGUCUCCGAAUCUUUGAAGUUCGAUCAAUCGCGCUUCCUCAACGAUAUCCAAAUCCUCUCAGCUGCGAUCAACGCACCGUAUUCCGAAUCCACAACCAAAAAGGUUCUCUCUGUCUUCUCUGAUUCUUUCCACGAUGGUGUUGUUCUAUGGCGUGCAACCGACCGCGUGGGCGAUGCUUUAAAUUAUCGCUUUUAUUCCCGAAGACCCAUAGAUACUGUAACCAUUGCCUCGUCAGCUGGCCUUUUGUCUCCAGAUGUCGUCAGCAAUCUAGGGAGACUGGUCACGUCUUGGAGCUCAUUGUAUGAUGGCUUACCAGAAGAAUCAUGUGAUUUCGAUGCCGAGAAGGGUUUAGUAAAAGCAUGGGUAUACAUGAGAGGCAUGAGACCACUCGGUGAUAUUUUGAGUGCCGAGGGGGUACCAGAGAGCUUGAAGCAACAUGAGGAAAGGUUCAAGGCAUUGGAAUUGGAGAAAGUUCGACAUGUGGCGGUCGACUAUCAAAAGGCAACUGUUAAUUUAUAUUUUCGAGCCCAGGGCCCUAUUUCUCUACAACAAGCUACCUCUUUCAACGCGUUAGCUGGUGCGGGACCACCGAGCCAAACUCAAUUUUUGGAAAUGCAAGAAUUUCUCAACGCAGUGGGGUAUACAUUUGCCGUUACAAUUAGGGUUGAUAGCGGAGACAUUGAGAGGGUGGGCUACUAUGCAUUGAAACUGCCCGAUAGAGCGACGAAAAACUGGCCAGUGAUUAAUGCACAGUUGGAAAAGUUUGCGCAAUUUGCACCUAGUUAUGAUAGGGAAGAGAUGAAUGCUGUAGCGUGGAGUUUUGGAGGGACAAAGAGGUAUGUCAAGUUCGAGAGGAGUUAUUGUGGGGAAUUGGUGCCUCUGAUUAAGGGUUGGGGAACUACUUUGAGUUCAUGAUUAGUUUUAUUGGUUAUUUGGAGGAAUUCCAGUUUAAUCACCUUGGGAACACCGACAUAGGUGAUUUUGGUUUUGAAGGCAUAGGGAUUUUAUGAUGGUCAACCGUGUAACCCAUUUUCAGUCACGCUACGGGGUCAAAUUGUCAGCAACGCACAGAUCACCACAUAACGUGGUUUAUCAUCGAGUGGACCAUAUCAUCGAGUGGACCACUUCAAAAUACACCAAAAUGAGCCUCUUCCUAAUAUUUACAUUUUAAUAAUAAAUCA